AUGAACAUGCAAAUCGACCAACCACUAGACCUGGAGAAACCGACACUGGAUAUCAAGGCAAAUGACACAGCAAGUAUGCCCGCUCUUACGACCAUCACAUCUCCCGUUGUAGCCUCCGGUAUCAUAGACACGGCGAUCGUCCUACGUGGUUUAUCACGGUAUCCAUUCGAGCUUCGUCUACGACAGGUGGACUGUUUUUACGCUGGCGACGACGACCCUCGCAUGUUCGAUGCCAUUAUGUCAUCAAAGCAGUCUCUCGAAUACCUACACCUCAUGAUCUGGAACGACUCGUUCCUGCGACAGGCCGACUUGACGAAGCACACCAGCCUGCAAACCCUUCUUCUUGGAUUUUCGUACGGUUGCUUCGACGUGGAUAGCAAGCCGUACACCGCUCUUCCGACCUUCCUGGCUCGUCUCCAUCUCGGGCGUUUGCGCGACCUAACCUUCUACAUAAGGCUCCCCGUACCCCUUGUGGAGCCCGUCCUCGCGAAGAAGAAACCUGCGUUGCGGGUUACCUUCGACCUCACGUCGUCUAAAUCCGACGGAGAUACUAUUCCCGACAUCGUCGGGCCAUUGGUGGAUCGGCUACGUAACAGCCUGGUUGCGGGCAUGAUGAUCAAAGCGGUGGUCGCAGUCUACGCUCAACGUCGACUCCUGUCGCCUGUUAUCCACCUAUUCUCUGCCUCUUUCAUGCUCCUCGAAUUCUGA